CGUUCAGGGAGGACGGUGCAUGAGGGGUUUCCCUUCUCCUCUCAGAGCCCUGGCUCUGCAGGAUGGGGCUGAGCCCCUCCAAGGCGCACCCCAAGGUGACCAGGGUGGCCCCGGUGCCCAGCCAGGAGGAUGUGCCCGCUCUGACUGCCCUGCACGGGCUCCCAGGAGAGCCAGGACAGCCCUGGGGAAAGCCCAUCUUCCACCUGGAGCUUCCACCUCUGCGGGAGACCUGGUACGGGAGAGCCUCUGCAGGGCCCCUCUCUUUGAACACCUUGCCAGGGAAGGAUGGGACCAGCAUCAUCCAGCAGCACCCACCGCGGAGGCCCCAAAGGCUUGAACCUGCCAUCCCUCCACAAGCACUCACUCCUGCAAAGCCCUGGAGUCAGCGAGAAGCGGCUGCAAGCCCAAAGCCAAAGGCGCUGGAGAAGAGAGGGCAAAGCCUGAAUCUCCUCCCUGGCAGGAGGCAGCACUUGCACAAGCUUCAGAUGCUGGACUUGACCCGCAAGCGACGAGAGGCGGAGCUGAAGCGGAAUCUCCACAGGGAGGCGAAAAUCAAUAAGCAAAGAAUCAAGGAAUUCAGCCCCAAGGAUGUCCUUGACACUCCCCAGGGAGGCGGCAGCUCCAGAAGCCCAGACCCUUUCCCUGCUGGGCACAAUCAGCCUUUUCCUGAAGACGACCCUGGAAACACGUGGGGUGGAGCGCUCUCCAGGCAGCCUGACAGGGCUGAACUCUCUCCAGAUGGGAAGGGGAAGGUUGACCUCUGGUUCCGCAGGGAGCCACGGACCAGGGACCUGUUCUGGGACUCCUCCAGCACAGGGUCAGAGGAGUGGGAGAGGGAGGAGAAGAUUCACCACAAACCCACGCUGGUGAGGACCAGGACAGAGAGAGUUUCCCUCUUUGAUGACUUCUUUGACAGGGAUUUCUAGUGGCAUGGCUCGGGGUGUGCCAAAGAAACGAGCCCCAGCCCUGGAGGGGCUGGAACCUCCCAGACAGAGGGGCUGGCUGCAAGUGGAAUUCCUGUGAGUAUGGAAAGACCUCGGGAAAGGAGGAGCUCACUGACGUGGGGUGAAUAAAAACCCUCUGGGUUGUGUGGCUGAAUCAAAAUAUCUGGGGAAGAAAGCCUUGGAUGGAGCAACAGUGAAAUGGGGGUAGAGAGAGGAGGAGGGGGAUGG